AUGAGCUAUUAUUCAGACACCUUGGGAUUGCCAAACACAGACAAGGCUCGUUGGAGAUUAAGAACUGAUGAACUUGGAAGAGAAACUUGGGACUACAUAGAUGAAUCAAAUUUGACUUCCGAUCCCCAAUCAACUUUUGUUAAGUACCUGUUGAACACAGAUGACUAUAAAGCUGAGAUUUUGCCACAACCUGAAACACCAUUUGAUGCUGCUAAGAAUGGAGCUACUUUUUUCAAAAAAUUGCAAGAAGAAUGUGGUAUUAUUCCUUGUCAAUAUAAAGGCCCAAUGUUUAUGACAAUUGGAUAUAUUGCCGUCUGCUACUUCACCAAGACUAGAAUAGAGGAGGCUCAAAGAAUAGAGCUGAUUAGAUAUAUUGUCAAUACAGCACAUCCUGUCGAUGGUGGUUGGGGUCUACAUACUGUUGAUAAAUCUACUUGUUUUGGUACAUCGAUCAACUAUGUUUCAUUAAGACUUCUUGGUCUUCCAGCGGAUCAUCCUGUUUGUGUCAAGGCUAGAAGAACAUUACAUAGGCUUGGUGGUGCUAUUGCUAAUCCACAUUGGGGGAAAGCAUGGUUGUCAAUUUUAAAUUUAUACAAAUGGGAAGGUGUCAACCCAGCACCUCCAGAAUUAUGGGCGUUACCUUAUACUCUACCAAUACAUCCAGGUAGAUGGUGGGUUCAUACACGUGGAAUUUACCUACCACUAGGUUAUUUAUCAGCUUCCAAGGCCCAAUGUGAACUAGAUCCAUUAUUAGAGGAAAUUAGAGCUGAAAUUUACAGCAAACCUUUUGAUGAGAUUGAUUUCUCAAAACAUAGAAAUACAGUUUGUGGUGUUGAUUUAUACUAUCCUCAUACCAAGAUUCUUGAUUUUGCCAACAAUAUUAUGGUUGCUUAUGAGAAAUUCAGGCCAAAUUGGGUUCUCAACUCUAUCAAGAAAUAUACAUAUGGGUUGAUCAAAAAAGAAAUCCAAAAUACUGAUUACUUAUGCAUUGCCCCUGUCAACUUUGCAUUCAAUGCUAUUGUUACAUACUUAGAAGAAGGACCAGACUCUUAUGAAUUUAAAAGAUUUAAAGAAAGAUCUAAGGAUGUUUUAUUUUUGGGUCCACAAGGGCUUACAGUGAUGGGAACAAACGGGUCACAGGUCUGGGAUACAGCAUUUGCAGUGCAAUAUUUCUUUAUGGCAGGGCUGGAUAAAUUCCCGGAAUAUCAUGAAUUCAUCGAAAGAGGAUAUAGAUUUUUGGUGAGGUCACAAUUUACAGAAGAAUGUGUUGAAGGCAGUUUCAGGGAUAAAAGAAAGGGUGCAUGGGGAUUUUCAACAAAGACUCAAGGAUAUGUUGUUAGUGAUUGUACCGCAGAAGCUUUAAAGGCUAUCAUCAUGGUGAGAAACAGUACACAAUUUGCCCAUUUGAAAGAUUUGAUCAAGGAUGAGAAUUUACAAGAGGGGAUCGAUGUUUUACUUUCUUUACAAAAUGUUGGAUCAUUUGAAUACGGCUCGUUUGCAACCUAUGAAAAAAUCAAAGCCACAACUUUACUUGAAAAAUUGAACCCAGCUGAAGUGUUUGGUAACAUCAUGGUGGAAUAUCCUUAUGUCGAAUGCACAGAUUCAUCGGUUUUAGGUUUGACUUACUUCCGCAAAUUUUCAAACUAUAAACGUGAUCAAGUUGAUUUUGCAAUCUAUAGAGCUAUUGAAUAUAUUAAAAAAGCUCAAGGGGACGAUGGUUCAUGGUAUGGUUGUUGGGGUAUUUGUUUUACUUAUGCUGCAAUGUUUGCCCUUGAAGCUUUAGCUACUGUUGAUGAAAAUUAUGAAAAUUCUGAAGUUGUUCGUAAAGGUUGUGAUUUCCUUGUAUCACAUCAAAUGGAAGAUGGUGGAUGGGGUGAGUCUAUGAAGUCAUGUGAAACUCAUACAUAUGUUGAAUCUGAUCAAAGUUUAGUUGUCCAAACUGCUUGGGUUGUGAUUGGAUUGAUUUUAGCAGAUUAUCCAGAUAGAAAAGUUAUUGAGCGUGGUGUGAAAUUAUUGAUGGAACGUCAAUGCCCUACAGGUGAAUGGUUAUUUGAGUAUGUUGAAGGUGUUUUUAAUCAUUCGUGUGCUAUUGAGUAUCCAAAUUAUAAAUUCUUGUUCCCAAUCAAGGCACUAGGUUUAUUUAAAGAAAAAUUUGGGGAUGUUCCUUUAACUGUGUGA